UUACCAUAAACCCUAAUCCCUAAUUCAAUUUCGACUCUCUCUAUUUCCAUUCGGUUCUUCGUAAUUUCUUGGCGUCGUCUCCUACAGUUGCUCAAAAUCGUAAGUUCAGUCCCUCUUUCUAGCAGCAAAGCGAGACUCUUUCGAGGAAAAACCAGGGAGGAGCAAACGCUAGCAACCUAAAAGAGAUGGGGAAGAAGAAAUUCAUUGAUAAGAAGAAAGCCGCCACGUUCCAGCUCAUGGCUAGGGACACAUCCGAUCCGCUUUACUCAUCCGGGCCUGACGGGGAUCGAGUUUUUGUGCGGGUCGAUAACAAUCGGAACGCACCUGAUUACUUUAAUGAUGGCGAGCCGAAUGAUGCUGCGGACGUUGAUUCCAUCUUCGCCGACGCUCCUGAAGAUUGUACCGGUGACGAUUUGUACGGCGCUCAUGAAGCUCGAACAGCGGGGUUGCCAGAUCACGUGAGGAAGGAAAUUCUGGAGCUAGGGUUUCCAGACGAUGGGUAUAAUUAUUUGCUCCAUUUGCGUGAGAUUAAGAACACAGGCGGGGGUUCGGUGUAUUACGAUAAUCCCAAGGCCAGUUUUGAUCAUCUUCCACAGGAUGUUAAGGCUUACGACGCUUCGAGGGUUGCAGUGUCUAAGAUAAAUGAUGCUUCUGAGGAGGAAAAAUUAAUCUAUAAUUCGGCAUCGAAAAUGGUUGGCAUAAAACUGCAGAAAGUAGUGGAUCCUGAAGUAGCUGCGAUGCUGGAGGAUGACAAUGAUUCGGCUAAGUUUGGGUCUGAUGUUGAGGAGUUGGAAGAGGAUUUCGUUGUCAGAGCAAAUAUCUUCGAAGGCCCCAUCCAUGAAGACGCUAAUGAGAAGACAAGUUUUGCUGCUGCAUCAAGUCCUUACCUAUUACAACAACCGGAACCUGGUGUUUCUACUGUUCCGAAGAUUGGAGCGACCUGCAGAAGCUCAGAAAAUGAGAAACCAAGAGAGCGGCGCCCUUUGGAUGAGCAGUUUGACAUGUUAAUGCUUAAUGAAUAUGGUGAUGAGAGUGAAGAUGAAUACAAUGGAUAUGAUUAUGAUGAUGAUGAUGAUGACUGUCAAGAAUCCCUAACUGAAAAGCUCAACAGUGCUUUCAAGAAUCAUCCUUCCGAUCAUCUGCUGCAUAAACCAGAAGCCGAUGAUGUGGAAUCACCGGAGGUAACUGUAGAAGUGCUUCGCCGCUGCAAGGAAUAUGCAGAAAAAUAUGAAGAUGAGGAUGAUAAUGUAGAGGAAGUGUUGGAUGAAGAAAGUAGCAGUGAUGAGUCGGAAAAGUGGGAUUGUGAAACUAUCGUUACUACUUACUCAACACUGGACAACCAUCCUGGAAAAAUUUCUGCGCCUGAACCUAGAAGGAAAAAGAAGCUUUCCGAAGCAUUAUCUGGAGCUUCUUCCGGAGCCAAUCCAGUGAUAACCCUGAAAGGAAAAGAGAGGCUUCCCGUAGAUUUUUUGCCUCGUAACCGAAAACUUGGUGAAGAAAAGAUGAAAGAAAAAGAUUCUAGUGAUAGGGUAACUGAUAUGCAGAAAAAGAAGCCAAGGGCGCAAGAAUCGAAGGAGGAGAAAAAAGCUAGGAAGUCUGCUGUGAAAUCUGAACGACGAGAAGCGCGACAAGUUAAAAAGGAAAUGAAAGGGCUUUACAAGUCAGAAGCUCACCGGGCUCAGAAAGUUGCAGCUUUUACCGGUCCAUCAUCUAUCCAUCUGAUGAAUCAACGGCAUGUGCAUGAGGAAUCGGUGCAGCAACCACCCCACCAUCAGAAUACGGCGCAGGAUCCCAAAUCGGGUAGUCCUCCUCUACCGGCCACGGGAACCCUGUUAUAACAGUAGCUGCUGCUGCUGCUAACAUCACCACAACGAAGACCAUUCUCGCCAUUGGAGGUAUGCAACUCACUGUGAUGUCAUUACAGCACGUUUUGGGUGAAUUUGUUUGUUUAUAUGUAUGGAAUGGAUGAUGUUAGAAGAAUCGAGCUUUAGGGUUUCAUACUUUUUGUGUGAUGGGAUCAUCACUCCAGCAUGUCUCAAGAAACAGCUAUUGUCGCGACGGGACAGCCUUUUGUUUAGAUUAAGGAACAUUUUCGUGUUUCUUUUGGAAAGUAUUCGGAUUCGUCGUUGAAGAUUCUUGAAUAAUCCAAAUAUGCUUUAAUUUCGAAAAAUUUGUUAGGUCCCGUCUGCUGGAUUCGGCCUGUUUGAGCUCGUCUAGGUACGUUGUGGCUUUUGCUCUAUCCUCAGAAGUUUCUCAAUUUUUUCUUAUCGAUAAUCUUGCACAUUUUGAUGAUAAUAAUACAUAGGCUAUAUAUGG